AUGCAGAAGGGGAACCCCCAUUUCACCUAUAUGCGCACGUCGCGGCUCGUCGUGCGUAUUCGGGAGUCGAUCCUACCCGCGCGGUCGGCCUUCCUCCACCCCUACUCUCUGCAGCACAAUCAGUCCCACAGUAGCAUCAGGCGUCCUUCGGCUGUAGGAGAAGGCGAUGAAACGGGAACAGCGGUUGCGAUUGAGGAAGAGGCCCCCUCUUCGCCAUCGAAGCCCGCGGUCGUGUCGGGGAAUGGGGCCGGUUUCCAUCUUGCGGGGCGUCAUAUCUUCUCCACCAGGCCUUCGCAUGAGAUCAUGCUGUUCUCCAGGAGAUUCGGAGAUCCGUCGCCGCCGCCGUCGUCGAGGCACCAACCGGUUUUAUUGCCCUUUGUGCGAAGUAUGCAUUUUUCAUUUGUAUCUCUCUUUCUCUCGCUUGGCUCCUUUCUUCUUCUUUCCAUUCCUCCCAGAUUUUGAGGGGAUUUUUGUUGGGUUCUGUCUUUGCCCUCCUUAUCUGCAGGUUAUUCUCUUCGGGUUGCAAAGGUCAAGAAAGCAGUGUUCGAUGACGAGUUGAGGUAUCAGCUUCUCCUCUUUUCCGUCCUGCGAUUUCAUACGAAUGCGUCUAUUCUUAGGAGGUGGGAGGCUGAAACUAUUGGUUUGGUUGCCAGCAACCGGGAUUCGGAUUUGAAUCCUAAUAACCGGAGUACACGAAGGGGAAAAAAGUGAAUGAGGAUGAAGGUGACUCGUGGGGGUUGAUAAUAGUCUCUUAGUGAUCACAAAAAAGGUAGACUCGUGGCAACGAUAAACAUGGGUCUAUUCUACACAUUGGCGAUUAAUUCUGAGUAAGCAUGCUAGAGUAGAUUGUUCUUCUUGUGAUCCACGAUCAAUACUAUGUAGGUGACAGUCAUAAACGCUGACUUGUCUGUCAGGAGAUCAAGAAUCUUUAUUGGUAGAUACAAUAAAUCCAUGAUUAUACAAAUGGAGAAAUUGGGCUAUUGCCAGUUUGUGUUGAGUUGAAUGAUUAGAUGACUUCAUAAAUUGGAAUGCUGACCCUUGUGUUCACACGUUUGAUGCAUCUGCAGCCAACGAGCAGUGACUACCGCUUUAUGGUGCAAUUUUCUUGUGUUUUCCCUCAAAUUUGGCGUAUGGUUGGUAACUUCUAGCCACGUAAUGCUGGCUGAGAUGAUACAUUCGAUUGCCGAUUUUGCAAACCAGGUAUUUAGCCACAUCUUACGUUUGAGUUACGUGGUGUCUUUUCUCUUUCAAUCUGAACCUUUACACUGUUUUUGUUAUAAAUCAUCGCCUUUUCCUAGAGUUGUCUUUUUUUGUUAAGUUUUUGGGCUGUGGAUAUCUCAAGCCAAGCAACUGAACCUUGCUACUAAUUUUCCAUUGUAGGCUCUUCUUGCUUAUGGUCUGAGUAGCUCAAGGCGCGCACCAGAUGCCAUGCAUCCGUCAGUUUCUCCCUCCUAACCUCUAGUAUCUGCUAAAUAAGUCUUACGUUGGAGCUGUGUGAAAGAGAUGACCUUUAUCAUCAUCAAAGUGGGGGGAUUUCGGAUUUUCCUGGGUGUUUACCAUGAGCGUUCCUUCUUCUUAAUGACUUUAUUGUUAAAUGAUUAUUUUCUCUUUUAGGUUCCCCCGUUGUAAAUUAGCCACCUGCUUUACUGGAAAUCUUAAUUUAUAUUCGAACCUUUGUUUAUCUCUCCGCUACUAAAUUUAUAUAAUUUAAACACUUUUCUUCAGUUAUGGUUAUUCGAAAGAACGAUUUGUCUGGUCGUUGAUAUCCGCGGUUGGAAUCUUUUGCUUGGGUUCUGGUGCUACCAUUGUGCAUGGCGUUCAGAACUUGUGGAGCGCAGAGGUAUUGUAUGGUGAUCGACCUGCAAGUUUAUCUCUUUUUUUCUGAGUCAAAUAUUUGAAGAUGGUUUUUGCUGAACAGCCGCCUGAAAAUAUGCAAUAUGCUGCUUUGGUGAUUGGGGGUUCAUUUCUAAUUGAAGGUGUUCCUCCAUCCCUUGAUAAUCAGUUGCCUUGUUGCUUCAUUAUAGCUGACCGAGUUUACAUUUUCAGGUGCGUCGCUGGUUGUUGCUAUAAAUGCUGUCAAGAAAGGUGCUGCUGCAGAAGGAAUGAAAAUGUGGGACUAUGUUUGGCGUGGUCAUGAUCCAACAUCUGUUGCUGUCAUGACGGAGGUUCUCUUCUUCCUUUGAACUAACCGAUAUUCAUGCCUUUUUAAAAAUACUUUGAUGUUCCCUGGUUGAAGAGUCUGGAGCAGGAAAUGAUUGGUUCUUUAUAACACGGUGUCCAUUAUCCUCUUGUUUUCAUUUUGGCUCUGCGCAUCUAAAAUUAGGACUGGUUCUGCAGGAUGGUGCUGCUGUUACAGGCCUCGCUAUUGCAGCUGGGUCAUUAGUUGCGGUUAAUACCACAGGAAAUCCGAUGUAUGAUCCAAUCGGUUCAAUUAUUGUUGGCAACUUACUUGGAAUGGUGUGUUCUCUCUCAUCUUUUGUUUCUCAGCACAAUUUUCGUUUCAUUACUGUUAGUAAUGGAUCACUAUUUCGUUGGAGAAAAAAAACGGCAAAUAAAUAUAUCUGUGCAAGAAACUAGUUACUUCAAGUGCUGAGCGAAGAGAUAGGUUUCCAUCCUGAAAUUCUCACUAGGUGGAUUGGGUAGAUCACUGUAAGACAAUCAUAGUUCCACAAUGUGUAUAUGUUACCCAUAAGUUUUGCUGAUCUAUUGAUGAACAUUAUUGAAAAGGAAAAUUCGACUGCUCUGUCAAUUGUGUCAUUAAUUUUUUUAUUAUUCAGCUAUAAAUAUUUAAUAGAAUGAUAAUCAAUGUUUAAUAUUGUUUUAAUUCAGUCAAACUGUCAGUUAAAUAUUACCACUGGUUAUCUCAUGCUCGUCUGCUGUGUCAAAGGAGAAAGUUUUUUCUAGUUGAAUAACAUGUUAACGACAUUUGUCAGUAGAUGGGCAACGCUGUGAAGUUUUCUUUUAAAAUGGUACCAAGGGGAUUUAGUUGUUCAGUGGCCUCUUCCCCUUUCCUGUUAUGGUUAUUGUAAACUCUUAUAAUGAACUUAGCUGCUACUCUCUCUGUUUCAAAAUUUAUUCUUGGGCGUCUUGAAAUGUGCACUCACACUGUUCUUGGUGCUUUCCUAGUAUUUCCAUCUUCUCUUUCUGUCAACUGUCUUCCUCUACGUCUGUGAUCUUAUUUUUGUUUGAGUGCCAUGCUUUUUUGUGAUCUUAAGUUUUCUCCCUUCAGGUUUCAUUCUCUUUUUUCUCACAAGAAUUCUCUUUCCUCUGAUUUUAGAGGUUUUCUAUGGAGCAAAGAGAUUUAAGUUUUGGUUUACUAAUUUUCUCUCCUUUUCUUUUUUUUCUGUAAAGAAGUCUCUUUGCUCUCAUUCCAGAGAUAUUCUAUACACAGUGAGACAAAUGAAGAGCGUUAAUUUCAGGUUUAGGUGCUGAAGUAGCUUUCGGAGGGGUACCUAGGGUUUUGUGAUAUGGAUGCUCAUGACACAGGUUCUUGCUGUCAUUACAAGAACAAAAAAUCCCAUACGGUAUCAACUAGGGAAAUUUUGGCGUGCUUUUGCGCUGGUUUCUUGCCUUUCUGAGCCUUUUUGUUGUUAAUCAUCUUCUAUUGUGUUUGCUACCUUGUAAUCCCUCCUGACCAAGAUAAAAGGCAGAAACGUAAAUUGUGAGCUUCAUCAAUGAACUGAUUAAUGGUCUACAUUUUUUAUCUUUUAUCGAUUAGUUCUUCUGAUAAAAUCCAAAGGAACUGAGGAUUUGAAUGUGGAUCGAAGAAGGGGAGUUCCAUGUUAGGCCAUUUUACAAAAUUGAUGGAGAUGGGGGAUGUGGAUGGUGAGGAUCAAACUCACUUUGGAAAAAAGAAGUUCCCAGCAAAUAUAUAUACAUAUAUGUAUUAUGGAAAUUAGUCAGCGAAAGACUUCAUAAAUGGCUCGUGGUGUAAUGAUUGUAUUUCAUGCUGGCAUAAGUUGGGUUGGUGACCAUACAGAUACCAAGGAUUUAAUAUUACGUUGGCAAGAGAUUGUUCAUUGCUCAAGGAAAUUGAGUGGCAGAAAGAACUAUGACCAUCGAUAGAGAGGGGCAAACGACGACCUUAAUCAGAACUUUAAGAUCUACAAACAAUCGUUGACAAAGCGCGUAUCAUGUGGAGAUAUGGGCUGAAGGAAUGGAGAUUGAUGAAGAUAUCAAUUCUAUCCGUUUGGCUAAGAUUAAGGGGAGGAGGAAUAGUUCAUGUUUGUUUCCUUUCAUUGCUUAUUUGACACCUCUCCAGAUGUGUAGACGAGGUUGUUAAUUGCCCUUUUUUUUCUGGUUAUUGAUUGCUGUUUCCUUUGAUCUGUAGUGGUGAACGUUUUUUUUUUAUAUAUUUUAUUUUUAAAAAACCCUCCAACGAAAAGAAAGAAGAAAAAAACCACACCACCAUCUUCCAUGCCAGGUAAUUGGAGAGUAUGAUAUCACAGGCCAUUAAGACGUAAUAUGUUUAUCUGCACUAGCAAGGUUCUUGCAGAAACUCGUCCGUCCAAACUCCAAAGAAAUGUGGCAUUUGCUUAUUUCUUUAGUUAUUUUUAGUUCUGUUCUCUGAGUUAUUGCAGACACUUGGCUAAACUCUAAAGAAAUAUGAGAUUUAAUUAAUUUUUAAUAUUUCUGUUCUGUGAAAUAUUGCAGACACUUGUCUAAAACUCUAAAGAAUUGUGGCAUCUACUUUAUUUAUUUAUUUGUAUUUCUGGUCUCUCACUUAUUGCAAACACUUGUCUAAACUCUACGAAAAUAUGGAAUUUAUUUAUUUAUUUACUUCUUUAUUUUUGUAUAUUUCUGUUCUCUGAAUUGUUCUCAGUCAACCUUAAUAUUUACCCUUUCCAGGUUGCCAUAUUCCUAAUCCAGAGAAAUCGGCAUGCAUUGAUCGGCAGGGCGAUUGACGACCAUGACAUGCAGAGAGUACUCGAAUUCCUGAGAUCCGACCCGGUUGAAGCUCAUCUUCUUCUUUGUUUUCUUCUUCCACGGGCAGCCCACGGCAUCAUCCCCUUAUGAUGUUUGACUUUCUCAAUCUUCUGAUCGUUGCAGGUCGUGGAUUCUUUGUACGACUGCAAAAGUGAGGUGAUUGGACCUGGGUUUUUUAGAUUCAAGGCUGAAAUAGGUGAUUGUUGCCUUUUUUUUUAAUUUUAUAUUUUUUUGGUACAUUAUAAUUGUUCAUUAAUAUGGUGGUCUUGAUAUUAAGAUUUCCUCCGGCUGUUGUGCCUGUAAAUUAUUUAAUCACAGGUUUUACGAUGGAAAAAAUCCAAGAUAAGCGAAGAGAAAUUAUAUUAUUUUCUCAUAAAGCUUUAUCUUUUGCUAAAAUCAACAGAUUUCAACGGGAUGGUCGUAGUGCAAAAUUAUCUCAAGAGGACUGGGCGAGAAAAAUGGGCCGCCAAGGUUUUUCUCUCCACCCCUUUAUGCGACAAACACCUCGCAACAUGAAAUCUUAUCGGCAUUAUUAUGAACCACUAGGGGAUUUUUUAUUUUAUUUUUUUAUAAAAGUAUUUCCAUUUCUAUUUUUAUUUUAUCUUUGAAAACCUCUUUACAGUUCUAAAAAUAGAGCAUUCCACUUGCCCUUUAUUCAUAUUAUUAGUCUUGGGGAAAAAAUAAUAUUGCCCUGUUAUAUAUUACCCGCUAUAGGUUUUAUUUUUAAAGUAUUUCCAUUUCUUUUUUCUUCUUUUUUUUUUACCUUUGGAGAACUCUGUACUGUUCUAAAAAUAGAGAUUAUAUGUCCCUGAUAACGCGAGAAUAUUUUCCAUGCAUCAUUUGAAAAGGCUAUUUUUGAAAAUAAAAUAAAAUUGUAGCAUCAUUUUAAAAUUAAUAAAAAUGAACUCCUUUUUCUGCAGUUCAGAGAAGCCGCCGGAGACGGAGACGAUGCAGCCCUGUUAAAGACGAUGGCAUCCUAUGGUACCUGUGACGGCUUUUAUAUUAUGAUUAUUAUUAUUAUUUUAAAAAAACAUUAUCCUCUGGUUUAAUCUUGAUCUGACCUGGCCUUCCGAAUUUAGGCGAGGAACUAGUGGAGGCCCUGGGCAGCGAAGUCGACAGGCUGGAGACAGAGAUCCAGAAGAUCGUUCCCGGGAUUCGCCACGUUGACAUCGAGGCCCACGAUCCCACGAGCCCGUCGCCUUGA